CUCAUACACAACUUCAGGCCAAAAAAAUCGCAAACUCGGCACUGAAACGUCAUUUUUAUCAUAUCUUUCACGUUUACUUCAAUAUCUACCCAACUUUAACGCCAGAACUAACGAACCGCGUACGGCCCAGAAAAGCAAGAGGAAGUUAUUUUCAUCUCGAAUUCCAACAAAAUGUCUGCGCCUGACAAGUUCGGCAACGACAUCGAGUCCGAGUCGGAUUCUGGCAAUGAGUCCGUCAAUGAAGGCCUUGAUGAUGGAGUUGAGGAGCUAGACCAGAAGCCUCUUAAGUCCGCGAUGAAGAAGUCACCCAUGGCCGCUCUCCCUCCCGUUCAGCGACCUCCUCUUCCUCCUCAGACCGAUGCGAAAGACCUCGAUCUCCCUUCCUUGACCCCGCUUACACCCGAGAUCAUCGCCCGACAGGCAACUAUCAACAUUGGCACUAUCGGCCACGUCGCCCACGGAAAAUCCACCGUCGUGAAGGCUAUCUCUGGUGUGCAGACGGUUCGUUUCAAGAACGAACUGAUCCGAAAUAUUACCAUCAAGUUGGGUUAUGCGAACGCCAAGAUUUACAAAUGUGACAACCUCGAGUGCCCCAGACCUGGUUGUUACCGCAGCUAUAAGAGCGAGAAGGAAGUAGACCCUCCCUGUGAGCGUGAUGGAUGUAGUGGCACAUAUAGAUUAUUGCGCCACGUCUCUUUCGUGGAUUGCCCUGGCCACGAUAUUCUCAUGAGUACUAUGUUGUCUGGAGCGGCAGUUAUGGAUGCUGCUCUCCUACUCAUCGCUGGCAACGAAUCCGUACCUCAGCCUCAGACUUCGGAACAUCUUGCGGCUAUCGAGAUUAUGAAGUUAGACAAGAUUAUCAUCCUCCAGAACAAGGUCGACUUAAUGCGAGAAGAGGCCGCCCAACAACAUUACCAGUCCAUCCUAAAGUUCGUCCGUGGAACGCCUGCCGCCAAGUCACCUAUCAUCCCCAUCUCCGCGCAGCUGAAGUUCAACAUCGACGCUAUCAACGAGGCUAUCGUGAACACAAUCCCUGUGCCGAUUAGGGAUUUCACCCAAGAACCGCACAUGAUGGUUAUUCGGUCCUUCGACGUCAACAAGCCCGGUGCCGAGAUCGAGGACUUGAAGGGUGGUGUCGCUGGUGGUAGUAUUCUCCAUGGAGUGUUGAAGCUAGGUGAUGAGAUCGAAAUUCGACCAGGUAUCGUGACCCGAGAUGACAAGGGUGCCCUCCAAUGCAAGCCUAUCUGUAGUCGCAUCGUGUCUCUAAACUCUGAGUUCAACGACUUGAAAUAUGCCGUUCCCGGUGGUCUUAUCGGUGUUGGCACGCGUAUUGAUCCUACCCUCUGCAGAGCUGAUCGUCUGGUCGGUUUUGUCCUCGGUCUCAAGGGUCGUCUCCCAGCUAUCUAUAGCGAGAUCGAAGUCAACUUCUACCUCUUGAAGCGACUUCUUGGUGUUCGUACAGCAGACGGAAAACAGGCUAAGGUCGCCAAGUUAGCUAAGAACGAAGUACUGAUGGUUAACAUUGGUUCCACCUCAACUGGUGCUAAGGUUGCUGCUAUUAAGCAGGACGCCGCUAAGCUGUCCUUGACCAGUCCUGCCUGCACGAACUUAGGAGAGAAGAUCGCCUUGAGUCGAAGAAUUGAGAAGCAUUGGCGUCUCAUUGGAUGGGCUACGAUCACAGCCGGUGUCACUUUGGAGCCCACCGAAUCGUGAAGAUCAAGCAUCGUACAAGCCACACCGUAAACAGUGCCUCGCCAGCUACAAUUUUGACACCGUAGCUAGGAGCACGAGAUAAAACAAAUAGGGUCCCCUGGGUACGGAGAUACACCGUCAGGAGCAUGGUCUUUAGGUAUUUAGCAGAGAUACAGAGAACUCUACCCGAAGUGGAGAAGAGGUCUCCGGGGAGGUUGGUGUAUCUGGACACUUGCAAUAGACAAAAUGGAAGAAAAAUAGCGGCUAUUCUCGCAGACCUCGGCUUUCCAUCUUCUCUCGAGGGGGCCGGAGAUUCUAGCAGAAUUCGUCUAGUUAAUGGAAUAGUCUCCAUUGAUCUUUUUCUACGUUGUGAUGUGACGGUACCUACUUCUAGGUGUACAUAGUACUCAAUUGUAACGUUGAACCCAAGUAGAA